GAAAAAGCUCCCUGUGAAACGCCCUCCGUUAUACAAGGAGAGCAGCCUUCCCGGGGAGCCGGCCAUCGCAGCGGCGUUCCUUUCCAGGGCAUAUGGGGCCGACGCCGGUGACGGCGCCACAUGCAAGCCCAAUACGAGCUCUUCCUUACCUUAAUUCCACCUCCCUCAAAGCCAGGGAUACUUCACCAGUAGACAAGGGUCUUUACAGGGGUAUCUGAAGGGUAACGUCAAGAAAAGGAAAAAGCCCCCGGCUGUCGAAGCUGCAGUUCUUGACAACCAUCAAUUGGUAUAUUUCGUUCCUGGACCAUAAAUAUCCGGAAUUCGUGGUCCAUGAAGAAACAAAAUUGCGCUUCAAGACGCAGGUAUAAUGUAUUAUGGAGGUCGAGGUGAUUUCCAGUACUGGAAAGGCCAGCUGCUUUGGAUGUUUUGGGCUGACUUCCAACGUUUGACGGUAACAAGAUACCUUGGAAACGUAGGAAUGCGUCAGCCGAGCUUACACCUGGCCUGUCUCAUCAGCUACUUCCUACAAACCCUUGAGCUGACCAUCCACCGGUAAGAAGUUCAUUCUAGGCUGUCCACAGUAUUUGGAUGCGCCCUAGCAGUGUCGAUCCAUGCAGCAGAGGUCCAUAACCUGGUCAGGUUGCUUCUAUAGCCGCAUUCACUCCGACCACGGUUCCUGCCUGAUGGCGUGGUGGUCCUGGAGCAACCAGUGAUUGUGUGCCAUGAGGUUGACUCCACGCAAAUGAGCUAUGAUGAUCGCUCAUCAGCGACCUUGCCGAAGGUUGGAUCACCAACGUAUAAGAAGGUCGAGCCUCUCCGACCUGCUGCAGCUGAGACAACUCGGACAACAAAGCGCAAGAGGACAGCACGAAUCUCACCUACAACCGUCCAUGACCAUGACCCAUUCUCAGGCACUUCUGCGCACUGAGCGCCUUGAGCUACGACCCCUAGGCCCUGAGCACAUCGACCUUACCAAGCAGUUAGACUUUGACCCCGAUGUCAUGAAGUACGUUCUAUUUGGCAGGCCAUUGACACCAGAGGAGGCAAUAGAGGUACACAAGUGGCUGCUUGAUACAGCAGCGCCUGUUCCCGGGCUCGGUUGCUGGGUUGGCUUUGACGGUGACCAGUUUGUUGGAUGGUGGGUGCUGGCACCAUCCCAAAGCAACCCAGGACAAGACGAACCACCACAAUACAACAAACGGCGAGCAGAGUGUGGAUGGCGACUCUUGCCAAAAUUUUGGAGGAAAGGGUACGCAAAAGAAGGUUCGCGCGAGCUGUUGAGGCAUGCUUUCCAAGAUCUGGGUCUGAACGAAGUGGUUGGCGACACCAUGGCAGUCAACGUGGCUUGUCGGGCGGCAAUGGCGUCUUGUGGAUUGCAGCAUGUCCGUACCUUCUAUAACAAGUACGACAACCCUCCUCCAGGAAUCGAGGAGGGCGAAGUGGAAUAUCUGAUUACCAGGGAUGAUUGGGUGAGGCAGCGCAAGGCUCUGCACUAUUAGCUACGGCCGCAAGAACAAGGCGCGCCCAAGGGAGCAUGUAGCCAGGCGAUUCUAAUGCUGGGCUGCGGAAUGAGAAGCGAUAUUGUGUCAGGGUCUGGUGGACCAUAGCUAGAAUAUUAACCGGAAUGCAAGAGACAUGUUCCUGC